CUUUCUUCCCUCUUAUUGCUUCUCUGUGUAGUUUACCUGUCUAUCAUAAUGUCUUAAUACCACAUGCUAUGCGUCGUUAGAAGCGCCUAACCAUUACGAUGAGCUCCAAGAGACUCUUCUCCUGGCAGAAGCGUCAUUCCCAUGCGGAGCCAUACUACAAGACUGGGGGUCUCCUACCCAUCGACUCUCUGGGCAACGAGCCCAGCAACGAUCAUGAAGCGAAGGACACCCAAAGGUCACGCAGCCGCCCCUCCGACAUCUCCAUACCGGUAAUCUCUCCAGACCACGAGCAAUCCGCAUUGAGCCCCUUGUCGUCUCCAUACAAUGCCCACCGUGUCAGUUCGACGUCCACUCUCAUGGCUGUCUUCAAUGAUAUGCUGCGCUCACCGUCGUCGAGCGUGGGCGCCUGGUCAAGGUCCGCCUCCGUACAUAAGCCUCUCCCCACCAGGCCGCGCUCAGCCUCCGACCCGUCAGCUCCAGGCUUUCCCGCUGAAUUACCUGGAUCUCUUCUGCAACAUAACCAGGGUUUUCCACAUCUUGACCCUCCCAAUAUUCCGCCAAGUCGUCCCACUUCGCAAAUCAUUCGACGAGGAACCCAUCCGCCUGAUAAAUGUCUUGAAGAUGAGGGUGAGGUCUUUGACUUGCUGCACCUCUAUCCUGAGCCAUUGAAUCAUUCCAAAAGUGUUCCAAGUCUGCAUGCUGGGUAUCGAGACGGCUCGAUGAAGUCCUCACGUGCUGGGCCUGCUGCCAAUGCGAGCGCCAACAACUCGAACCCCCGUCGGGUCCACCAUAGGGAAGCGCUCAGCAGCAUCGAAUGGCAUUCGGUAGCAGAUCCAACCCCGGUCAACGAUAACAAUGCUAUCGCAUCCUUUUAUCCUGUGAUGCAGGACACUGGCCAUACGGAGUCGGACAGGUUGCGCAUGGACGCCGACAAGCUGCAACAGCCAUAUCCUAUGGUUUUUGAGCCAGGGGUCUCAGACAACUCUCUCGCAAGACGCGCAAGUCGCCGAGAUGAUCCCGGCGCCUCCCUUACACCUACACUGACAGGCUUGCGCCACAAACCUACCGAAGACCUCCACGCUGCGAUUGCCUCGCAGAAUCAGACGAUAAUAACAUUACAGUCACAAUUCGGCAGUUUGAGAUUGUCGCACGAAACUCACGUUCUGAGCCUUGCAGGAGCGCACGCUGCAGAGGUUGCGUCACUGCGAAACUACGCAAGACUAUUGGAAGAGCAACUGGCACAGCAUCCGGGUCUGCAUCACGUUGAACGGUCGUGUGUAGUUCUGAUCUAGUUAUGCAACAGACGUAACGACUUCAGCUGACGCGCAUCUAGCCUCGAGCAACAAUCACUCGUUUCUCUUGGAUACUCCCGAGAGUUCCUCUACACCCCGCUGCGAA